CUCAGCCGGCUUCGCGGUCGCGGUUGACGUCGCUGCCGACGUCGGUGGUCGGCGUUGCCAACCGCUCGUAGUGGUCGCGUUCAUGGUUACCGCAAAAAAUAGUUUAAUAUCUCCGUGUCGUUUGAUUCGAUCGCCAGUCUCAGCCCCCGUGUAUGUGUCCAUGUGGCUGUGCCUCUAAGUCCCUACAUCUGCAUCUGCAUCUGUGUCUGUGUCUGUGCCAGUGGCAGUGCAUCUGUGUGCGUUAGCGUGCGUGUUUGUGUGUGUGCCGGUGGCAAAAAAAAAAAUUUACAAAUUAUCGCCGCAAUUAGAUAGCCCGAAAUCGAAAGAGUCUGGCCGCAAUUUAAUCAUUUUUUUGUAGUGCUUGUGGUGGCAACAAAACAAAAAUACUCGUCGAAAAUAAAAUUCCAACUAAUACAAAGUGCUGGGAGAAAAGAAAGUAGUCAUAAAAACUGGGAAUACAUUGACCAAAUGAGCUGACAAUGAUCGGAUUGAAAGCGUCGACUCUUUGAGGCAGGCAUUGAAAUCAAACCGAAAACCCACGAAACCCGCCGGCAACUGAAUCCACUGAAUCCACUGAGUACUGGCAACCAAAGAGAGGCCCUGAAAUACCUUGUGCCCAGCUAGCAGCUGCAAUAAUGCACAUUUCUGCUGAGGUCAGUUCGACCACCUCAAAUCAAAUACAGCAGCAGCAGCAGCAGCACCAGCAGCAACACCAGCAGCAGCAGCAGCAACAGCAACAGCAGCAACAGUUGUUGCAGCAGCAGCAACAACAGACAGCAACAACGACCACAACGAAGCGGCGGAAUGCUGAGUCUUCUGCCAGCAACAACAAUAACAACACUAGCACAACCAACAACAACAAUAACAACAACAACAACAACAGCACCACAAACAACAACAACAACAAUAAUAAUAAUGUUAAAACAAAGCCCGUGGACACGAGUCCCUACUUGACCCCCGAGAAUCUCAUCGAGCGCACCGUCGACGUCCUGCUAGCCGAACAUCCUGGCGAGCUGGUCAAGACGGGGUCUCCACAUGUGGUCUGCACCACUUUGCCCACGCACUGGCGAUCGAACAAGACUCUACCGAUCGCCUUCAAGGUUUUGGCGCUGGGCGAGGUCAUGGACGGCACUAUAGUGACCAUUAGAGCCGGAAACGAUGAGAACUUCUGCGGCGAACUGAGAAACUGUACGGCCGUGAUGAAAAAUCAGGUGGCCAAGUUCAAUGAUCUGCGCUUCGUGGGCAGAAGCGGAAGGGGCAAGAGCUUCACACUGACGAUUGUCAUCUCGACGAACCCCAUACAGAUAGCCACCUACACCAAGGCCAUCAAGGUGACCGUGGAUGGGCCAAGGGAACCCAGAUCGAAGGUGCGACACCAGGGAUUCCAUCCGUUCGCCUUUGGGCCACAACGUUUCGGACCGGAUCCACUUAUGGCCGGAUUGCCCUUCAAGUUGCCAGGAUUCGCACACCAUCUCGUGGGGAUGCACAGCCACCUGCAUGCGCCCGAUUGGCGCGCCCACAUGGCCUUGGGCGGUCGCCCCGCCGCCUUUACCGCCGCCCCCUUUUUCGGUCACCAUGCGGCCGCUUUUCCCACCGCCAGUGGCCUGCGUGGAUUGAGUGGCGACAACCAGCAGCACCAGCAGCAGCAGCAGCAGCUGGCCACCGUGGGGGCGGCACACAGCACCACCAGUCCGGAGGGAUCGCCGACCACCACCACCACGAGCGGUACCCAGCUGAGCGCCUUUGUUCAGCCGCCAAUGACGUCAUCGCCGCCGCCGGUCACCAGCUUGCAGCACGACAAUAACAACAAUAACAGCAACAACAACAACAGCAGCAGCCACAUAGACGCGGGCUUCGAAAGCGACAGCAUUUCGGUGACAGGAUCGCCGCGAAAGAGCCUCGCCUCCCCCCUCACCCACGACGAGGAGGAGGCGGAAGCAGAAGCGGAAGCGGAUGCGGAUGCGGAGGCUGAGGAGGCGGAGGUGGGCGGUUUGAGUCUGAAUGGCGGCGGCAUUCAGGGCACGCUGCACAGCGAAAGUUCGCCCGGCUCGGGCGGCGCCUUCACCGCUCUCAUUCAACGUAGUGGCAAAAAUCCCACAGAAUUAUUUGGCGGCUUUGCCGGUGGUGCAGGUGGUAACCACUUUGCCCACAGCGGUCACAGUUUCAAUCCCGCGCUGGCCGCCCAACUUUUCCUGCAAAGUCCGCUUUUGCCGCAAUCCAGUCAGUGGCUGUAUACGCAGCUAUAUGGCAGCUACAGUGAUCUCCCCUGGCUGAGGAACGCGGCGGCCGCGGCGGCCGCCAAUAUAAAUCCCGGUCAGGAGAAUGCCGGUGUACCGCCGCUGGGCAGCAAUCCGGAUCACGAUGGCGUUAACCUGAUCAAGCGCUGUGUCACACUGAUAACCCACAAUCCGCCGGACGCGGAAAACGCCAAUCCAAACGCCUCGCCGCCGGUCAGCUCCACCAGGCGAUCGCCCUCGCCCGUGGAAACCAUCGACUUGGACGACGUGAGCACCACAUCGCGCUCGGCCAGCGGCUCCAGUGGCCUGGGCCUGGGCGGCGGAGUGGGCGGAAUGGGUGGAGUGGGCGGUGCAGUGGGACCCAUCAGGACGCGCACACCCAAACCGUCGGCGGAUGUCUGGCGCCCCUACUAGCGGCUGGCGGCCGCCUUGCUCGGCACAUGUCUGGCGGCCCAAGGUCAAGGGGGCGGCGUCGAAGGUCCCGAUGAGCAGGAGGCGGAGCGGGUCACCUAGCUGCUCCACAGCGAGAGGAAAACGGGAAAAUGGGAAAAUGGGAGGAAAAGAGCACAGCAGCGAACUUGUGGUGUUGUGAAUAGUCGCCAUAUCGCAGCUGGCGGGGAUUGCUACUUGAAUUUGUUGAACCAUGGGAAACCCAAACCGAAAUGUUAAUUUUCAAACAUUGUAUACUAUUGCGUACCAAUUGAAUCUCGCAAAUGAAAUGAUAGGAAAGUUUAGCCAGGAACAGGAAUCUUAUGUAAUUCAUGUUUUAAAAAAAAUGCACGCUGAAUAUUUAGCAUGCAUUUGAUGUUAAAUAAGCUCAGAUAUAUGUUCGCUCAUCAACAAUAGAAGGCAAAAAAAAAAAAACAAAAACUGCGCCCAUAAUUUUGAUCAUGUUUUGCGAAUAUAACGUUUAAUUAACAGAAAGUGUGGCAACAAAUCGUUCAUCUAACGAUAGACCACAUAAGUACUUCACAUAUAUCUAUGAUACAGAAUAUCUUGCUCAGAUUACAAAGCCUGUUUUUUAAUUGUAAUUAAAAGUUAUAACAGAUUUCAAGCCAGAAUAUCAAUUAUCAAAUUCAAGGAGCAACACUCGCGUCUAGUAGUUUUGUUUGUUUUUUUAUGGUCAACCCUAAUGUAAGUGGCUCACAUAUCGAAUUUAAAUCAAUUAGCAUGGCCCUAAGAAUCAAAUAUAUAUAUAUAUAUAUAAUUAGUGGAGGCGGGGCUGACAUACAUAAUACACGAAUAUAUACGAGAUCUGUGUAAAUUGAACAUAUAUAUUGCUCUGUAUUUCCCCCACGUAAAUCAGUAUUGCAAAAAAGUAAACAUAGUUCUUAAGAAAAUAACAUUUUUUUUUGCAUGGAAAGAAAAACGAAGAAAUACGAAAACGAAAUGACAUAAUAAUACACAUUUUAAAAUUUAUUAAAAAUAAAUUUAAGCAAAGACAUAAAACCCAAGCACACUGAAUCCACAGACAUACACAAUAACACACCGAUUUGUAUAUAAGGUACUUGAGUAGUGUGCCAAAGAUUCGUUAAUAAAAAUUUCAACUAAAAGUA